AUGACGUUGCUUCGGUUUUCAACAGGGACCCAACAGUCCCUCCCAAGCUCUUCGUGGUCCAGCCUCGUCUUCGCCCCGAUAACUACUUGCAGGCCAAGCUCAACGAGGCUCUCUGCCUCGCCAACUCUCUUGAAGAACAACGAGAUGGGUACUUCGAUGUCGAUUUUUUCGAUAAGGAAAUACCUCCCCACAUUGUUGUUCAAAACCCAAUUGUUAGACACCAAACUCGAGCAGGGUGAAGUGGAUGCUAUAUUUGUGAAUACAAUUCUUUCUGGGAUCCAGCAGAGGAAUUUGGAGGCAAAGCCUAAAAUUAGAGCUCAUCUGUCCCACACUAAAAAAAUUUUGGGAAAACCAGUCUUGGACCGUGUGGGUCUUAUAAUAGAGAUAUUCAAUGCUCAUGCCUGCACAAAGGAGGGCAAGCUGCAGGCUGAAUUAGCAGCUCUAAUGUAUAAGAAAACAAGACUUGUACGACUGCGUGGCAAAAGUGGACGCUCAACUUUUGGAACGGAUGGAGAAGCUGAAGUUGUUAGUGCCCGAGGGAGAGGAAGUGGGGGACGUGGCUUCAUUAGUGGUGCAGGAGAAACUGAACUUCAGCUUCAACGACGAAGAAUUUCAGAACGGAGGAGUAGUCUGUUACUGCAAAUUCAAGAGGUUCGACGAACUCGAGCUGUGCAACGUGCUGGUCGGAAGAAUCGUGGAGGCUCUUAUGGUCAAGGUUUACCUACUGUUGCUGUUGUUGGGUAUACAAAUGCUGGGAAAUCUACAUUAGUUAGUGCCCUCUCAAAUAGCGAUCUUUACAGUGAUUCUCGAUUGUUUGCUACGGUUGAUCCUAAAUUGAGAAGUGUUUUUCUUCCUUCAGGGAAGAAAGUGCUUGUAAGUGACACAGUAGGAUUUAUAUCAGAUUUGCCAGUGCAGUUAGUGGAAGCAUUUCAUGCAACUCUAGAAGAAGUUGUGGAAGCUGAUCUCCUUGUGCAUGUGUUGGAUUGUACUGCUCCCAAUCUAAAUGAGCACCGUUCGACUGUAUUCCAAGUUCUUGAUCAAAUUGGUGUAUCAAAGGAAAAACUUGAAAACAUGAUUGAAGUUUGGAAUAAGAUUGACUAUCAGGAGGAGGGCAUGCAUUUUGAUGAGUGUGUUGAUGACAUUGAAGAUGGUGAGGCUAGCAGUUUCUCAGGAGAAAAAGAUGAUAUGGAUUCUGAGCUCUCAUCAGGAGCCGAAAAUGAUGAGGCUUUUGAAGCUAUUGAUGACCAAGAUGGUGAUUACUCUGACGGUUGGUUGGCAUCAGAAGAUGUCGAAGAUCCUUGGGGUGAAGGUGGGUCCUGUACGGGCUUGAAGACUACAGACGACCAACAAAGUGAGCGUCCAAAGGACUGGACAACAGAAAAGCAAUUGCAGUUACAAGUUCAGUCUGGUCCACAUGUUAGAACAUCUGCUUUAAUGGGAGUUGGGUUGCAAGAGUUGUUGGAACUCAUUGAUGAGAAGCUGAAGGAUGCCCCAAAGGCAAACGUUGUGGAAAGGGAUCCAUUUGAUCGAAAAUGGAGGCCUCCUCGGACAGAGGAGGCUGGCGUAGCAGUUGAACAAUGA